AGCAUAACUGGCUGGCUCACUCAUAGGUCCAUGAUGUGUUUGCACUCAGUUUUUGCCCAGGAUGUUCGGAGGUGAUUCCGAAAGGCCCAGGCGACAACCUCAUUAUGCGCAAACUACGCACUCCAAUGGCGCUUCGGAGUACUCCAAUCACGAGCAGGACAUCAUCAGGCAAUCCUUCAGUACUGGCAACUACACUUGGAUGAAGGAAUCCUUGCCAGUGGAGCUAGGGCCUGAUGCGAUCCAUCUCUUGCGAAGGCAGCGCAUGGAGAGGAACCGGUUAGCCGAGCCUGUCCCGCAGACCUGGUCGAAGAUGACUCAGCUCUGGGGCGGAGGCUACUACCAGGAGUUUGAGUACAUGCCAGAAGAAUACAAGGACAGAAGAGGAUUGCUGGGCAGACAAGCCGACGCGGAAAAGAGAAUGAAGAUAGCGAACCAUGACUGGCGCUACAGCUCGCAGGAGCGUCGGCUCAAACAUGAGCCAAUGCUCCACGGUGUGACGGCCGACAGAGAGCAAUAUCCAUACCUUGGGGGUGACAAAGAUGCAGAAUUGGAGGCGACAAAGCUCUUUCUACGGUCUGUUGCAGUUGGGUCGAGAACUUCGUUGAACAAGUCUCGGACUUCGGCGAAAACAAGGACAAGUUGGCAAGCAUCUGGACCAGACACUUUUUCUGCUGUAAGGUCUCAGGAGAAGUUCCUCAAAUCGCAGCAGUCUGCGUGGAUGGUGCAGGACAAAGCGCAGAUGACCUCCGAAAGCUCCUUUCUAGCUGGCAGAGGUAAGGGCCUGGAGGACAACUCCAGGGGGAGCCGCAUGACACUUCCAACGAUGGUGCAGCGGUUGCAGAAAAAGGUUGACCAAGAUUGGGAGGGUUCCACGGUGGUUGUCAGUGCGACUGACCAGGACUUGAUCCAAAUCGCUUUCCAUAUGCAUACUGUGGACUCGGAGCGAGGUGUAGUUGCGUACAUGGGCGUGCUUUCCAAGGAUGUCGAUUUGCUUGCCACUCUCGGACUCCGGAAGGUUAGUCAACUCUGGGGGAUGCAGCGGGAUUUCAGCGAUGAGUUGCCGGACAGAGAUGGGGCCGAGCCUGGUGAACACACAUGGAUGUUCUUUUUGUUGGCCCCAAAGUGGGUGAAAAUGCGACCGACGGAUGCCUACUACACCGUUCAUCCACGAUCACAGGGUUCUGCAUUCAGAAUGAGCAAUGCGGGGUCAAGUGUGCUCCUCUCUUUGGGGUCGUCUGUCCUGGACACUCAUGACACUCCCAGAAAGAAGGAAGCAUCUCCACGUGCGCUGAACAGCUCUCAAUCUGGAAGGGCAUUUGAACCCACAAGGACAAGCCAGCAGGCGCUUCCAGAUCGACCGAAGGUUGACUUGGCCCUUAUUGAGCAGGCGGUGAGCUCGCUCCCGGCAAUCAGAGAGAGCCGCGGAGAAGCACCCUCUGGAUGAAGGUUGGCUUGAUUUCGCAGUCUGGUCAGCGAGGUCUACAAACUCCAUUACUGUAAAUCGUUUAUCAUCGUUUUGUGUUGCUUUUCAACCAUGAGCCAGAAAACUCCAUGUCCACAAUAGCCUUGGAACGUGCCAGAAACGGCGGUUCGAAACGGAGGCUAUGCACAUGUGGAAGUGUAAAUACAUCCAGUAAAGGUUUACACCCAGCAGCUUGCGGAAGAGACAUCGACCAUCAGCCGGUAUCAUAUACUUAUGCAGAUGUUGCGCCCACUGAAUGCUUUCCGCAAAUGCCAGCUUCGAACAAAGCACUUAGCAC